UGACGUCAUGGCGCAAGAUGGCCGCCGGUAUCGGGAAUGGUGUAGCGUAGACGAGGCUGGGCGGUAGAAACGAAUCCCGGAGAAUAGGUGUGUCGGUGUGUUUCGGCGUCGCGUGCGAGAUAACACGCCGUCGGGAUGAUGCCCAGCCGCGUCCUCGUCGUCGUCGUCGUCGUCGCGGGCUGAACUUGGAGUCUCGGCGCCGCUCGCCAGCGCAGUGCUCCUCGUACGAAUCCAUCCGGAUGCGGGUGCGUGAGUAACACAAGAAAAAAAAGGAGAAAUCUAAUUUUGACAAGAACGGCCACGCUGUUGACAACGGCGCAAAAUGUGGAACAUGAUGUGCGAUGUGAUGCCAACGAUCGCGGAGGACAGCAUGAGCCAGCGGAGCUCGCAAUUCUCCGGCGAGGACGGAAACUUUGAGCAGUUGAUGGUGCAAAUGCUGGACGAGCGUGACAAGAUGAUGGAAUCGAUGCGCGAGCAUCAGGAACGGCUACAGGAGAUGGAGGCGCGGCUGGCGGAGGUUGAGAAGGAACGGGACGCCCUGAACCGCCAGCUUAACGCGAAUAUUCCUCAGGAAUUUUCGCAGCUGACAAAAGAAUUGGCAGGGGCACGAGAGAAUAUCUUGGAAAAAGAAGAGGAGAUUUCCGAAUUAAAGGCAGAACGAAACAACACACGCCUCUUGCUCGAACAUCUGGAAUGUUUAGUUUCACGACAUGAAAGGUCGCUCAGGAUGACAGUCGUGAAACGUCAAGCCGCCGCACAAUCUGGUGUGUCGUCGGAGGUAGAGGUACUCAAAGCUUUGAAAAGCCUUUUUGAGCAUCACAAGGCUUUGGAUGAAAAGGUACGCGAACGUUUGCGCGUGGCUCUCGAAAGAAAUACGAGUCUUGAGGAAGAACUAACCCAUACCAAAGAGGAACUCCAGCAGUAUAAAGUAAGCGGGCAUCCACCAAAAGCUAUAGAAGAUAGACCAAAAGAGAAUGGGCAAACGGACGAAGGUCAGCAACAGAAUAAGAAUGAGAGUCAGCAGCCAACGAGCCAGCAGCAUCAGCAACACCAAACGCAGCAGCAACAACAACAACAACCGGUACAAAAACCAGGUACAGAGAAGUCCGCCGAAGUCGGCAGUAGGCUGAGCAAUGGAAGUCUUGAUCUUGCCGAGCAGGAUGCAGCAGUGCGAGUAAUAGACUUACAAGCUACUCUCGACAAGCAGAGUUCGGAAUUAAGUAAUUGGCAACGACGAGUAGCGGAACUCAGCGGACGUGUUGCCGAAUUAGAGGAAACGCUAUCAAAAACACAGAAGGAUCUCCUAAAGGCACAGGAAGCAGGUCUUAAAUUGCAAAGAGAUCUGCGGGAAAAUGCAGCGCAAAAAGAAGAUCAAGAGGAGCGAAUAGCGACUUUAGAAAAACGAUAUCUCAAUGCUCAACGGGAGUCCACUAGUCUUCAUGACCUUAAUGAAAAGCUGGAACAGGAGUUGCAGCACAAGAAAGCUCAACUAAAGCUCCAAGAAGAGAAAAUCGCUGCUAUACAGGAGAAACUAGAACUCGCGGAACAGAAAUUAGCUCAAUAUGCUAAAUUACCAGAAAUGGAAGAGCAAUUAAAACAGAGGAUGGAGGCUCUGACGCAGGUGAGGAGGCCCAACCAGCAGGCUCAGGAAAGGCAUGGUAGUGCAGAGGAUAGAAUUCAAAGGCUGGAGACGCAAUUAGAAGAAAAAAAUGCAGAAGUAAUGCGCGUUAAUCAACGGCUUAAAAUGAAUGAGGAGCAUAAUACGCGUCUUAGCACAACUGUCGAUAAACUUUUAUCUGAAUCCAAUGAAAGAUUGCAAGUGCAUUUGAAAGAAAGGAUGCACGCGUUGGAAGAGAAAAAUGCGCUUACUCAGGAACUCGAGAAGACAAGGAAAUUAGCGGAGGAUAUGCAAAAUGAAAAGACUGACAUUGUUAAAGAAUUAGGAAAAGCGCGCUUAGAAAUCGACAAUGUUAAGAGACAAAUGCUUCAACAGGAGAUUGCAUUUAAUAUACAGCAAACGGACGCGUUAACGAGAAGUUUAUCUCCAAAUGCCGUAGAUCCAGGUUCUUUCUCAAGGAGCGCAAGUCAUAGCAGUUUUGAUACGCAUUCAUUGCCUAGAAGAGGAGGUAAACGAUCUAUCGAAGAUGAUUCAGCAAAGAAUUAUGUGGCACGGACUUUGGCGGAACAGGAGUGGGAAAAAUUGCAACAAGCGCAUGUGCUUGCCAACGUUCAGCAAGCGUUUGAUGUUUCGAGCGACGCGGAGGGUGACGGAGAUAACGAAAGUAUUUUCAGUUGUACGGGUGACGUAAUUAGUCCUACCGGACAUACGGAUGCUCAAACAUUGGCGUUGAUGUUGCAAGAACAAUUGGAUGCUAUUAACAAGGAAAUUAGAUUAAUUCAGGAAGAAAAACAAAGUACGGAAGCACGAGCAGAAGAAUUGGAAUCUCGCGUCGGCAGCCUCGAACAUAUGAAUUUGUUAGCGAGAGGGCGAAGCCUCGAGCGAGCAUCACCGCCACUGAGUGGUCGAUCCACUCCAAAGUCGCAUCAUAGUCCAAACAGAGAUUACUUGCACAAGUACCACACCGUUAGUAAUCACGCACCCGCGUCAAUGUCUCCAGCGCAUUUACAUCAAUAUGCUGCUUCCUUAGCUAGUCCGGGUCAAUUGUCAGAGUCUCUUCCUGCUAGCCAGUUACAGUUGUCAGGAGAAGAAUUACACUCGGUUAGCGAAAGAGAUAGCGGCGGUGCGGGAAGUGGUGGUAGCGAUGCAGCUUCUCCUCUAACAGCCAGAUCACUGAGGUUGGAACGAGUCGUUCAAGCGUUGGCUCACAGUCAGGAAGAACUUAGAAGACGCACUGGACAAAGUGGAUUUCCAAGCAGUGGUUUCCCCACGCACAGCAGGCAUGGACAGCAUAACAACGGCGCACUGAAUUCUGGAACUCCCCCUUCCCCAUUGUCCUCACGCCACAGCAGCCAGGACAGCUUGCACAAGAACAACUUCUCCAGCGUUGGACUGCCUAUCGGACAAUUGUCGACGUCGCAUUUGCACAUGCAAUCGAACAUGAGUCCCGCUACGGCGGCUGCGGUCGCGGCUGCUCAAAAAAAGAAAGGCAUUAAGGGCAGCCUUGGUAGAUUUUUCAGUAAAAAGGACAAGAUUAAAGGAAAAGAUACACCGAUGCCUGGAGAUAUGUCAGGUAUGGGAGGUGCGAGCACGCCAGCUGAUCCUGACUAUGGAGACAGUGUAUCUGUAGCUGGUACACUUGGAAGCAAAAGUGAUUUUGAUCGUAGAAAAAAGAAGAGUCCGAGUAUGUUUGGUAGUAUGUUGGACUCUUCGCGGCAUGAGCUUUUGGCGGAAGCGAUGAAAGCAGGGACACCUUUCGCCCUAUGGAAUGGACCAACGGUAGUCGCGUGGUUGGAGCUGUGGGUGGGCAUGCCAACGUGGUAUGUCGCUGCUUGUCGAGCAAACGUCAAAAGCGGUGCUAUCAUGAGUGCUCUUAGCGAUACCGAGAUUCAACGAGAGAUUGGAAUAAGCAACCCCUUGCAUCGAUUAAAGCUGAGAUUAGCCAUUCAAGAGAUGGUGUCGCUUACGAGUCCGUCAGCGCCAAAAACCUCUCGCACAACAUUAGCAUUUGGUGAUAUGAAUCACGAGUGGAUAGGUAAUGUUUGGUUACCGAGUCUCGGAUUGCCCCAAUACCGAUCCACUUUUAUGGAGUGCCUUGUUGAUGCUAGAAUGCUUGAUCAUCUUACGAAGAAAGAUCUUCGUGGUCAACUGCGAAUGGUUGACAGCUUCCACAGAACAAGUUUGCAGUACGGUAUUUCCUGUUUAAAACGAUUAAAUUACGAUAGGCAACAAUUAGAAGAAAGAAGACGAAUGGCAGAAAGUGCCAAUAUAGAUGUACUCGUAUGGAGUAAUGAUCGUGUUAUAAGAUGGGUACAGUCGAUUGGUUUGAAGGAAUAUGGGAAUAAUCUCUUGGAAUCGGGUGUGCACGGCGCACUUAUAGCUCUAGACGAAAGUUUCGAUGCAAAUAAUUUUGCGUUAAGUUUACAAAUUCCCACACAAAAUACGCAGGCAAGACAAGUACUAGAAAUGGAAUUUUCAAAUCUAUUAGCGGUAGCGACAGAGAGACGACUGGACGAGAGUAGUAGCAUGAAAUCCUGAUCCAGUUCGUCAAGUCGACUAUCUCAUAUUCAACCGCAUCACGUCUAGUCCAAAACCCCAGCUAUCGUUAUUAUCUAAUGCGCAAGUGUGUUGUAAAAAUUAUAAGAGCUUUAAGUAUCAUGCUAGGAAUAUCUUCACAUAUGUGACAAAUGUGACAUUUUUUGGUAAUACUGAGGUGUGUUUUGACAUAAAACUGUUAAGAGAUAAGCUUACACGAUACAUUCGAUACUAGGGAUGCAUUUUAUUUAUUUUUAUGUCGCACAUGCAUCAAUUUAUAUAUGUGUCGCAUACCUCUUGAUACUUCUGAAAACAAGAAAAGCUAAUUAUUCCGAGCAAUUUUUCAUAUAGAUAUCGAAAUGUAGCAGGCAGUCGUUGGAUUGUUAUAUAUUAUUAGAAAGACAUUGUAAGAAUAGAGCACUUCCUUUGAAAACUCGAAAUAUUAGUUGCAAACAAUUAUGACAAUAAUUCUUCCUGAGUUAGCUUGGUUUGUUUGUAAAAUUGGUAAUCCAUAGUCUCUCAGUAUUACAACGCCGCGUAAUAGAAUAUACAUAUGUAUUAGUUAUACGAUUAUCGCGCGUUCGUAUGACAGCGUACUUAUAACAUUCGAUAAAUACUUGAAGCGCAGCGUAAGUUAACUUUAUACCGCGCACAAAGAUAUAGUGGAAAAUCGAGAGUUUCUAGGAUAUAUCGUUGCUUUUGAAGAAAUCGUUGCAAGAUGUCGUGUAAUACGAUCGGGAAGGUGAGAUUUAUUUAAAAAUUAUAACACGGAACAAUUUUUUUAUAAAACUUUGUUUUCUCCCCCUUUUUUUUAUUAAAUUUAGAUUAAAUUUAAAUACGAUCGAAAGAAUCUUGUUACGGGCUAUUAGACUCCAUUAGAUAUCUAUAAGUAUAAAAGCAACAAAUGUAAGAUUUUAUUUAUAAAAAAAUUAUAUUUUA